GAAUUGCAUUUUUACCAUUUGGCAGCUAAAAACAUUGUGUGUCAAAACCCUCUGUUGAAAAGUUUUUAAGUACAACCAAAAGUCGGCUAUUAUUAAUAUAAUUUUAAUUGAGAAAUAAAAUGGCGGACGGUGCAGGCAGUUGGUGCUUAAUUGAGAGUGAUCCCGGGGUAUUUACGGAACUGAUUCGUGAAUUUGGAUGUGAAGGGGUGCAAGUAGAGGAAAUUUGGAGCUUAGAUCCUGACCUGUUUAAAGACCUCGAACCUAUACAUGGUUUGAUUUUUCUAUUCAAAUGGGUCCCAGACGAUGAACCCACUGGUUCAGUAGUGCGAGAUAAUCGGCUGGAUAACGUAUUUUUUGCAAAACAAGUUAUCAAUAAUGCUUGCGCAACACAAGCUAUUCUUAGCAUUCUAUUGAAUUGUAAUCACGAAGACAUAAAGUUGGGCACAACUCUUACCGAAUUCAAGGAAUUUUCGCAAUCCUUUGAUCCUUUAAAUAAAGGCUUAACCCUAAGCAAUGCCCCGAAAAUCCGCUCUGUUCACAAUUCCUUUGCGCGGCAAACACUCUACGAACUAGACAGCAAAAAUCAAAACAAAGAUGAUGAUGUUUAUCAUUUUAUUGGAUAUAUACCUAUAAAUGGGCGUUUAUAUGAGCUGGAUGGUUUGAAGGAGGGCCCAGUGGAUUUAGGCGCUAUAUCAUCCGAUCAGAAUUGGAUCGACGUCGUUCGUCCUAUAAUUGAGAAGCGAAUGCAAAAGUACAGCGAAGGAGAAAUCCAUUUUAAUCUUAUGGCGCUUGUAUCUGAUAGAUUAAAGAUUUAUCAACAAAAAAUAGACAAACUUUUGUCUACUGCUGACGACGCUAUGGAGACCGACGAUGAUCGGCAGACUGAAAUAGCUAAAUUGCGUUCGAAAAUUGAAUAUGAAGUCGAGAAAAGGAAACGUUAUAAAAUCGAGAACAUUCGGCGUAAGCAUAACUAUUUACCAUUUAUAGUAGAAUUACUGAAAAUGUUGGGAGAACAAGGUCAGUUAAUGCCUAUCUAUGAGAAGGCGAAAGAACGCGCUGUAGAGAGGGAAGCAGCCACCUCAAAAAGCAAAUCUUAAACACUUGACUAUUGACUACAUUCACAAAUCUUACGCAUCGUUGUCAUAGCAUUUUCAUUGCACUCAAUACUAUUAGUUAUAACAUUUGGUUAUCUCCACUCAUUUAUAUUCAUCCCGUAAACGGAUUGACUGCCAUGGAAGAACAGAGGUGAUUCCAUUCCGGUUUGUUUAGAUUUUGCAAAGGAAAUAGCCGAAUAAAUCUAAUUUGUGCUGUUGGUAAAAAAAAUUGUUUUAUUUAAAGUGAGCCUAUCAGUAAAAAUGAUCGUUAAUUUGGUGUUUUUAAUUUAUUACUCGUAAUAUAUUUCAAAUAUUGGCAUUGAUAUAUAUAAUAUAUAAUUUAAUGUAUAUAUAGUUAAUCUUUAUUACAAUAAGUAUACUAUACAGAUUUUAUUCGGUUUUGUAUUUAUAAUAUGUAAGUAUUGUAUAUAGGAAUAUUAUGUUAAUCAGUGAUUUUGUCGGUUUCUAGGUUUUAUUCAUCCAAAUUGUGGAUUGACUUUCAAGGGUUUUGAUUCUAGUUUGGUGUUGUAUGCAUAUUUUGCUUUGGGUGCGAGUGUUUGAUUUACUUAUGUAGUCUUUGAAUUUUCAUUGAAUAUACAUAUCUAUGUUAAUAUGUUUGACUGUAGAAAAUUAAAAAUUAUAGCAUUACUAGCACAAUAAAACAUAAGCACAUCGGAAAUCA